AGUAAUCCUCACCGAUUGUUCUGUCGAUCAGUGAUAAAAGAAACGAGGAACGGACAUAAAGAUGCAACCCGUGAUGCAAACCGGGAAGAGCGCCAUGGCGGCCACAAAGGAGAAGGUGGGCAACGUCGCCGCCUCCGCCAAGGCUGGCAUGGAGAAGACCAAGGCCACAGUCGAGGAAAAGAUGGAGAAGAUGAAGACGCGCGAUCCUGCAGAGAAGGGGGCGGCGGAGCAGCGGAAGAAUGAGAGAAUCGAGGAGGCGGAGGCCGAGAAGCAAGCCGCCAAGGAGGAGAACGCGGCCGUCAGGGACCAGGUCCGCGCCUCUGCCGCCGGCAGCGUCGCGGGCUAUCCCAGUGGACAGACCGGGGUGGUGACCGGGCACCACCACUCCGGCGGUCACGGGAGCAGCACGGGUUCCGCUUUCUAAGCCUGGCCCGACCGGGCUCCGGUCCGGCCGCGCUUGAGCACAGAACCGAACAAAUUAAAGCUUCGGUCUUUUUAGGUGGGCUUUGUUCCCUGGCUCAUCAAGAAUGUGUUUGGUUUGGUUUGGUUGUUUCUCUUCAUCUCGGUCUUUGUGUGCGCAUGCGCGUGUUUUAGGAUAUGAUGAAUGGCUGCUGUUUUUAAAUAAGUCAUGGAUUAUAAAUUGUAUCUGCCAAUGGUUCUGUGAAGCAAUCGUAUUGGUGUUUUGUAAUUGAAAAAUAAGCAUAUUUGGUUCUACCAA